UCUCUCUCUUAUCUGUCCCCUAUUCUCUCUCUCUCUCUCUGCAUUUUCAUUAAUCCAUCUCUCUCUCUCUCUGUGCGCUAGGGUUUUUUGAAUACCAGAAACUCCACAGAUCUGAAUCAAAUCUCAAUUAGCAAUGGAUACCAACGGCUCAGAUUCACCCAAUCCCAAGGAGAUUCGUCACGGCAUGAAGCGUGAGUUCGCGAUGAUGAUGAAGAACCAAUCCCAAUUCCUCUCCAUCGGCCGCACGCGCUCUUCCAAAUCCCCAAUUCCUCCCGCCCCCGGCCUCGUCGGCGACAAGCGCGCGAGAGUCUCGGCGAAUUUGUCGGAGGAGGAGAAGGUAGUGGCGGCAGCGGCGGUUAGGGGUGAGGUUCUGAGCGAGGAGGAGGAGCCGAAGAGUGGCAUUGUUGAUAUGGUGAGUGAUGAUGACAAGAGGAGUGUGUUGGAGGAGGAUUUCAAGGUCCCGAAUGAUGUUGAAGGGGAUUCCGGUGAAGUGGUUUCGGAUAAUACGCAUUCGUUGAGGCGUGUCACGAGGUCGUUGUCGAGACCGGGUGUCGAAAGUGUGGGGGAGGGAGUUGGGGAGAGUGGCGCUGUCAAAGAAGGAUUGGGAGAUAAGAUAGGUGAGAAGAAUGUGGUUGAUAAGCAGAAUGUAGGAGUCGAAAAGCGUCCGAAGAAGCUUAAGGAGUUGCUGGAGACUGGUUUGCUUGAAGGAGUGGGAGUGCGGUAUUUACGGGGUUCUAAGGUCAGGAAGGAUAAUGGGCUUAAUGGAAUUAUAAAAGGCGAUGGCAUAUUGUGCUUUUGUGAUGUGUGCGGAGGAGCUGCUGUUGUGAGUCCUAAUCAUUUUGAGCUACAUGCUGGUAGUGCGAAUAAGCGCCCCCCUGAAUAUCUAUAUUUAGAGAACGGGAGGACACUUCGUGAUGUUCUGAAUGCAUGUAAAAAUGCGCCACCGGAAGCUGUGACAGCAACCAUCAAACAUGCUAUUGGUUCAUCUGCGGAAAAACCCAUACCUCUUAAUUGUCGGAAUUGCAGGGCGUCACUACCAAAUUCUGGUGAUUUUAGAAGGAAAGGGUUGUGUGUCUCCUGCAUUGUCACAGAAGAACUUCAACCUAGAUCGCCCGAGCAAAGUGAUAUGGGUGAUAGGUCACCUCAAUCUCCUUACGGUGAUGGAUCAUCUGAUCGGAACAGAAACGAAAGUUUGUCAAGGAGCAAGGGCAAGGGAAGAUUGACCCGAAAAGAUUUAAUGAUGCAUAAAAAGGGAUUUGAGGAACUGGCUGAGGGAGCUGAAGUAGCUUAUUUUGCCAGUGGGAAGAAAGUGUUGGACGGUUAUAAAUGCGGGUCUCAAAUUUAUUGUUUCCACUGUCACGAUAAGGUCAGCCCAUCAGUGUUUGAAGCACAUGCUGGUUAUCCCCGACGCCGUAAACCAUAUCUACAUAUCUAUACUUCCAAUGGGGUUUCUCUUCAUGAAUGGGCAGUAAAAACAUCACUAAAAAGAGAGAUUUCUGCGGCUGAAAAUGAUGAUCUCUGUUCAAUCUGCGCAGAUGGUGGGGAUCUGUUGUGUUGUGAUACUUGCCCUAGAGCUUUUCAUCCUGAAUGUUUAUCCAUGCAAGUUAUCCCGGAAGGUAAGUUUCACUGUAGAUACUGCAAAAAUACUUUUGAAAAAGAAAAAUUUGUGGAGCACAAUGCCAAUGCUGUUGCUGCUGGACGUGUUUCUGGAGUGGAUCCAAUUGAAGAGAUAACCAGGCGGUGCAUUCGAAUUGUUGAAACUAUGGCAACUACUAUUGAUGGAUGUGUGCUCUGCAGAGGCCAUGAUUUUAGCAGCGGUGGAUUUGGUGAGGGAACAGUGAUCAUUUGUGAUCAGUGCGAAAAAGAAUAUCAUGUCGGAUGUUUAAAGGACCACAACAUUGUUGACUUGAAGGAGUUGCCAACGGGUAAAUGGUUUUGCUGCUCAGAGUGCAGCAACAUUUACUCUGCUUUGGAAAGCAGGGUAGCUGUAGGUGACACAGAAUUGUCUGAUUCUCUGAUGGACAUGAUUAAGAAAAAGCAUGAGGAGAAAGGUUCACAGAGCUUUGGAGAUCUUAAUAUUAGAUGGAGGCUUUUGUGUGGGAGAACUGCUGCCGAUGAAACUAGGGUUUUGCUCUCAAAUGCCGUGGCUAUCUUUCAUGAACAAUUUAAGCCCAUUGCCAAUUCAGGCACAAGGGAAUUCGAUUUUAUCGCAAAUAUGGUUAAUGGAAAGUGCUCUCCGGACCAUGAUUUUGGAAGGAUGUAUUGCGCAAUAUUGACGGUCAAUUCAUCUGUUGUUUCUGCUGGGUUAUUUCGAAUAUUUAACCAGGAAGUAGCUGAAUUGCCUCUAGUUGCUACUGGUUCCAACUUCCAAGGACUGGGUUAUUUCCAGUCGCUUUUUUCUUGCAUCGAAAGCCUUCUUCAAUCAGUGAAUGUGAAGGACUUGGUUCUCCCAUCUGCCGAUGAAUCAAAAUCUAUAUGGACCAAGAAGUUUGGUUUUGGAACGAUUGAUAAGAAGCAGCUGAAUGCAUAUAGGAAAUUGCAUCGUAUGAUGGUAUUCCAAGGAACAUCAAUGCUGCACAAGCCAGUCUGCCAGAUUUCGCAUUGAGUUGUUUCAAGGAUAUGUUGAUAGUUUAUUUACAGAGAUAUAUGAUCCGAGAUGCAAUUUUUUGGAUGAAGAUAUACAGGGCUACAGGUGUACCUUUCGUUAUGUUAGAUUCUCCAGCUUGCUAGAUGUUAAUAUCUUUUGGUAGCAACAAGAGAAAGAUGUGAAGUUUUUAAAUAGAUGCUCUUCGCUGGAUAGCACAUAUAGAUUAGAACAUAUAGAUGGGUCUUUGCAACUGAUAAGGUAAAUGAAGUGAAAGCAUCAAAUUUUGUUCAGAUGGCUGGGUUGUCAUAAUAUCAAUUGAAUUUCUCGUGAACUCUGAAUUUAUAAUUGCAAUUGGCCUGGAAUCUAAUACUUUUGUAUGUCUACUUUUGACACAAAA